AUGAAAGCUUCCAGGGAGGCUGCAGCUGAGGGUGAGGGUGGUGAUCAGGCUGUUGAUUCAUCAGGGGAUGAGGGUUCAGAGAAGCCCCGAAAAUCAAAGAAGAAGCCAACCAAAGAAGCCAGAAAGGCUACUACUCCAUCAGGGUCACCUUGGAAUUACAAUUCAAUUCGAUUGUCUUUCAUUCAUGCCGCCAGAAAAGAGAAAGGGUUGAAUUUCAAAGCGGCCAAAGAACUCUGGGAUCACAGCCAAGAAAAGAGAGAUUUUUUGGCUCCCAUCUCGCUUGCUGAACUUAAGCGCCGCAAGUUUGUGGCGAAAUCUUGCGCUCACAUGCUUGGAGCAGCUAUCGACGUGGACAUCAACCCCCGAGUCUUUGACCUCACCACUCCGGGUGGAUUUGUGAGCCCCGCUGACUUUGAACGAAAUUCUACGAUGCAAACCUGGCUCUAUGGUUCUACUCGCACCCUGCUGCAAAUCGUUUUCCAGAAUGUGUGGUCUGGAAGGUUUUGGAUGGGCCGCUUCAAAAGUUUAAGCCCAAAGCCCCAUGUCAUGUAUUCAAAUGACAAGGAGAUGAUCUUGCUCCUCUGUCGGAAAGCCGGGUAUAUGUCAAGGGAAGAGGCCCAACAAUGCCCUGUGCGGACAAGUAAGACAUACCUAGAUUCACGUGGCCAAAAAAGAUCUGUGGGUCGCAAAAAGGAACUUCGUGAAUCGCAGUUCUACACCCCUGAGUUUGGACAAUUCGUGCUAGAGAUGGUGCAGUCUCGAGCUGGGGAACCUCUUCCUGGCCCUCCGAAUCCCCCAACUUUGGAUGCAACUAUGACCGACCUUGAGCUCUUCCGUCACCAUUGUAUGGAUUUGGGGGACCAAUGGCCAGAGGCGAAGCUGAUGGAUGCAGUCCUUUACCUUGCGCGCUGCAAACACAUGCAGAUCCCGCAUGGAUGGGACCGGGUGCUCCAUGAUUUGGGGCUGAGAUCCAUGAAUGUGUGAUUCCGUCACACUAUCACUGGAAAUUUCGCUGCUCUGUAGUUGCCAAAAGGGCCACAAAAGUGUUCUGAACAAACCGAUGCCGCACGGUGGGGUCGUGUGAGCAAAA